UCAACCAGAACACCAUUUUAGUACCAGAAGAUGAUGUCAUUAUGAAGCUGGACAGAAUAGCCAUGACAUCAACUCCCAUUCAUUGAACUGUUUUCACACUCCUCAGUUAAAAUUGUGCCGCUCUCCUCCCACACUUCUCACAUUCCAGUCCUAUCUUUCAGUGGAGGGAAAUAAGAUCAUUAACCUGCAGUCAAGGAGGAAGUGGAGAACAAAAGUCACUUUCUAUGACAGAGCACACACAUGAGCAGACCAAGUCCUUCAACAACCUAAUAACCCCACUUGCACACCCACAGUUCCCACCUGCCCACCCCCUGCCAAUACUUUCCAUGGCAUUGCUAUCACCUGUUGGGAAACUCCAGCCAGCGCCCUACUUAAGGAGCUCCAAAUCCCAGUCAGAAAACACUCUCUCUCAACUCUAUUGAAAAACACUUUCUCUCUCGCCCCCUUUCUCAGCAUCUCUGUGGGACCCAUCUGAAGAUUAGGAUGAUAAGCUAUAGAGUCUGUGUCCUGGCUGCUCUGUUCUCUCUCCUCAUCAUCACCCUCAUUCCCACCACACAAUCAGCGGACUGCUGUCUGAAGUUCACUCAGCGUCCGGUGCACUGCCGAUGGCUGAAAGGCUACACCUUCCAAGACAUUACUUCCUCAUGUGACCUCAACGCUGUCAUCUUCCAGAAUCGGAGGAACAAGUUUGUGUGUGCCGACCCCUCUCAAGACUGGACCAAGAGGGUACAACGCUGUCUGCGCAAGCGUCAGGAGAAGAAAUCCCAACUGAAGAAAAGGGUCUGAACUCAUGUUGCCAUGGAGAGGGCUUCCAUUACAGAACACCAUGUAAUACAUUAUUGAUAUAAUGUUAUAUUUUACUGAGACAAACAGCAAUAUAUUUCAAUAUACAGAGAGAUUCAUGAAGGUUAAGAUGUUUCAAUAAUUUAAUAUAAGUGAAUAUUUUGCAUCAUCUCAGUUUGUGUAUAAUAACUGUAUUUAUCAUCAUUGUUGUUCUGUUUUAUAAACAGCAGGUGUAGUAUUUCUGAUACGCAAGUAGAAACAUUAAAACAUAGUUUUCACACAGAGUACCACAAAAUAUUUUUGUGUUGAUGUUUCAUAUCCUCUCUCCAAUUGAAGCCAGAGAAAACCUUUUUAACUUUGUAUUUCCAAAGUGUCCAAAUCUCUAUAUGAGUUUUACUGAAGUGUACUUACUUUAAGCUCAAAGCUAUGAAAUAGAUAAUAAAAAUGGGUAUUUGAAAUA